UGAAUCUUGACCCUUCAGUGGUGAAAGCAACAGUGCAGUGCAAUGGACGUAGAGUGGUCAGACCUCGAAUGCAGUGGAGUAUCAGCUGACGACAUCUCCAGGUGCGCGGCCGUCCUACGGGAAAUGAGAGCUGCUGACUUGGAGCGCCCAGAGUUUGCUUCCAUACGCGAGGCUGGCGUGCCCUUGUUCAGAAGAACCAUUCUCAAAGAGAGAUUUGGAUCAGAGGAUGUCCUGCACUUUCUGAAGAAGAAAUCUGAUGUUCAUCAGAUGACGACCAAGCUCCAGCGCUUGCACAAAGUUGUGAAGGAUGAGCAUGAGGUUCGUCGACAGAAGGCUGAAACUUGCGGAAUGAACCUGCGGCGCAAAGCCGACCUCGCAGCAAUCAAAGCAGAGAGUCAGCUCCCUGACUCGGAGUUCCUGGCCAUAAUAGGCCCUUCUGACGGGGAAGGUGCAGAAAUUGAGGCCAAUGAAGCUCCGAUGGCAGACAUAGACCGAAUGUUGAGAGCACCCUUGGACAGCUUCUACUCCAAUUGCAACAUGUGCAGAGGUCAGUACAUGGACCACCACCACUUCUAUCAUCAGCUUUGCCCCCGAUGUGCAGACCACAACUGGGAGAAGCGUCAUCAGACAGCCGACAUGAACGGCAUGGUCUGUGUAGUCACUGGUGGCCGAGUGCGAAUUGGCUAUAGGAUUGUCUUGAAGUUGUUGAGAGCUGGCGCCUUCGUCCUCACGACUACCAGGUAUCCGAGUGAUUGUGCUUGGCGCUUCUCCCAGGAAAGCGAUUAUGAAGAAUGGCGGCACCGGCUGGAGGUUUGUGGUCCACUGGAACUUUGCGAUGUGCGUUUGGUGGAACAUUUCUGCGAUCAAUUGGUUAGGCGCUUUCCACGAAUCAAUGUGUUGAUCAACAACGCUGCGCAGACCCUAACCCGUCAGAAAGGAUGGAAUUUACGCAUGGCAGAAUUGGAACAAGCGGCGGCAUUCCGGCUCCAUGAGAAUUCCAAAACACACAGCACAAAGGCGCCGCAGAUUUGCCAUCCUCAUCAACUUGCUAUUGCCCAUGGACCACAUCAUCAGCUACAUGAGUCACACGAGCCUGGAAUUGAAUUGGCCGUCCCACGUCCAAGCGCCGCAUGGAAGGAUGCACUUGUGCUACAGGACUUUCCUGAAGGCGAGUUGGACGAGUCACGUCAGCCCUUGGAUCGUUCGAUGACAAACAGUUGGUCGAGGCGCAUUGAAGAUGCUCCACAGUAGCGUUUGGAUGAGGGACGGUCGCAACAGUUGAACUGCUACAGACGUUGGCUGCAAAUACUGCAGCGCCAUUCAUUCUGUGCAGCAGGUUGGCCAGUGUGAUUGGACCAAAAUGUGAUGCCGCACCAUUCGGACACAUUGUCAAUGUUAGCGCUUUGGAAGGCAAAUUUUCUGUGAAGAACAAGAGCUCGGGUCAUCCCCACACUAACAUGGCAAAAGCAGCCUUGAACAUGAUGACCCACACCUCUUGCAAGGACAUGUUCCGCCGGCGCAUCCUCAUGAACUGUGUGGAUACAGGAUGGGUGACAGAUAUGGCACCUGAUGGAGUUGGGCAAGUGGCAGCAACUCACGACACGUGGGUGGGCCCACCAUUAGAUGAAGAGGAUGGAGCAGCUCGGGUUCUGGACCCAAUCUUCAGCCAUUUGAAAGAUCCCACGUGGCUUUUGCGUGGUAAAUUCUUCAAGAAUUAUUACGUUUGUGGAUGGUGACGUCCUGAGAUGCAAGAAGUUUCGAAGUGUCACCAUGCCAAUUCCGGCAGCGGAG